AUGGAUACUUACUGUGUUUACUUCAAAGAAACGACGCCUGAUAACUAUCGCUUCCUGGAUUUUUACCAAUACCGCAGUAAACAAGAAGAUUUCACAUUCUCCUUUCAAAAGGAAGCUGACAAACUUCGGAAGGAUUUAGAUCUAAUAUUGAAAAAUGGCCCGGAAGAGAACAAGAAGGGUGCUAUCAGGCUGAAGCAAAGUUUUAAGUAUGGGAGACUUCCAGUAGUCCCGAGAAGGGGUAAAACUCACACAACUACGGUGGGCACCUGCUUGCUGCUCACUUUAUGGUCUGCUUGUCCGUUGUGGUCUGCUGUAAGGCAGUAUGGGAGACUUCCAGUAGUCCCAAGAAGGGGUAAAACUCACACAACUACGAAUCAUCGCGAGAAUCAUGAUGUUAGAAUGUUUUGGAAUAAAAUUGAAAACGAAUUAGCAAUCAGAUCCAAAAGACAAGAAUUGCGUUUAACUGAGAUAGAUGCUGCCCGUUCCGUGAUGCAAAAUACUGCAACGGUCCUUGAAACUGCAAUUGGUAGAGUUGACACAACGCUGUCUGAUGCCACAUAUUAUACGCCGACACCAGUGCCUUGUAAUUUACUAUCGAGGUUAUCGGAAGAGAAAGGUCUACCAUCAUACUAUGAAAUUCCAGCACAUUGGCAACCUGAACCGAAUCCCUUCAUUUCCUAUUCCCAAGACAGGAAACAUGAUCGUGAGCCUGAAGAGGAAGACGAUACUGAAGAAGAAUACAACGCAGACCAAACUAUUAUUGGAGGGGGAAAUGUUUCUUGGAUUGUUAAUGGUCUUGAUAUUCGAAAAAAAUUAACAGAAUAUCAACUGGAAAGAAAUCUGCCGAAAUCAAAACCCGAGUAUUAUGACGUAAUUUUCUUCCAUGCUAAAGAUAAAAAUAGUUUUCUAGAGACACUAGAAAAAGAUACGGUUCAACAAAUGCUUAAAGAUAUAAGCGAGGAAGAAAAAGAAAUGCAAAAUGAACAGGAGAUCAAAUCGUUAUUAAGUAAAAUUAUUGUGCGUGAUAUGAAUAAGGUUAAAAAUACAGUUCAACAAUAUAAAAAUUGCAACAAUUCUUUUGAAAGAGGUUUUACACUGAAUUUCGUAGACCACAUGAUAAAGUUGAUUGAAGGGACAAAUCUGCUUCUAGAACCACUGUCUGAAGGAACCUACAUUGUUAGUGUUCUAGGUCCAAUUUUGGAUCAAAUUUUUAUAAAACAUAAAGAGGAUUGGCGUACAAAAUAUGGGGAGACUUGCCUUAAGGCAAACGCUAAAGAAUGUAAUGCUCAAAAGGAGGAUGAUAAUCGAAGAUCUCCCGGGAAAAAAAUAGACGUAAUCAUUACUCUGAAAGAGGAAGACGAAGAAUUUUCCGUCGUAUUUGUAUACAAUGGCGGAAGUAUUGAAAAUUCCCUUUCCGAAGUCAUGGAAAGAUAUGAAGGAUUCAUAUGA